CAUCGUCUAUGUUUAAAGACCCAACACUUGUUUUCCAUCUGCUAGAGGAACCGUGAAGCUCCGCCAUGGACAUUCGACACUUGACCCUCAUGCUGUUCCUGAUCGGAUUCUCAGCUUCAUCAGCCUAUGACGACACGUGGACCAUACAGGUUUCCCCUGAGGUGCGAACCAUCGAGGGCUACCCUGCAGUGCUGCCCUGCUCUUUCACACACCCUACACACACCCUGCACUCCUCUAUGAACGUGGUUUGGCGUCUGGGCCACGCCCGCACCAGCACCGUGCUCUUCCGCUGCUCCAGUCUGAACGGCAGCCAGCAGUGUGAGACCGGACCGGACCAGGACCAGCGGUACCGACUAGAGGGAAACCACAGAGAACACGACCUGACUUUGCGCAUCAGCAGCACUGGCCUGCAGGACAGUGGACGCUACUACUGCAGCGUGGAGCUGCCUGAUCAACUGCACGCCAACUACGAGAACAAAAUGGGAACACGGCUCCGAGUGGAAGCUCCACCCCGGAUCUUAAGCUUGUCCAUAGGGGGCAGUGCAGACACACGUCUAAAAGCCCUUUGUCAGGUUCAGGGGUCUCCGCUACCUGAUGUCCAGUGGACCGGUUUAGAUGAAGUUCUCGAUGCAGUUAACGAAGCCGCCCCGCGAUCUCAGGAAGCUCCAGAUCGCCACAAAACCACCAGCCAGCUCCUGGACAUCCAACCAGGAGGGCAGUACACUUGCACUGCCUCCAACCCUCUCGGCAACGACCAGGCUACGGUCUACAUCCUGCCCCCGAGUCCAGAAAUGUCGCAGAUCAACAACACCCGUCAUGACACUCUAACCGUACCGCUGCUGCUCGGGUUAGCGUUAGCUCUGAAGUUGCUUCUCUUCCUGGGAGGUUUGGGAGUUUUAUUUAUUAAAAGUCAGGUUGGGUCCAAAAAUCAGGAUCAUUCAAAUGAAUGAUGUUUCUUACUUUUAAUACACAGUUUUCCAAACAAAUAUGGCUUUGAUGUGCAGUGAGAUUUCAUUAAACCAAUCAGAUGCUUUUUAGCUGCAUCCCUUUAGGACG